CAUUUUUGGUUGAAAAAUAAUUGAAAUUUAUUAAAGGAGUUAAUUGUUUUCAUAAUAACAUGGAUUGGAAAAAUAAAGUAACAUCAUUAACCGACAUGGUGAUACCGGGUAUCACCGACACGAGUAACCAUAAAAUCAUAGAAAAUGAAGUGAUGUCCAAUUUACCAUUACAAAUGUCACUGUAUUUCAACGUUAUAUUUUUCCCCAUUUGGUUGAUUGUAAUAGCUCUACUUUUAUACGAUAAAUACGCGUGUUAUAACUCAUUCACAAAAUUUGUAAUAAUCACUAUCAUCGUAACCAUUGUAAUCGUGGAAACGCUGCGGUUAUACUUGGGAUAUGAAGGAAAUUUACAAGAUAAAAUACCAGAACUGGCUGGAUUUUGGAUGUUAUCUGUUUUGCUGCAACUGCCACUUCAGUGUUUCCUCUUGUUCAAUCCACAUUUUCGCCUGAAUAUACUGGACAUAGUCGUGCAAUCAACAAUGUGCACACUUCUGACGACGCAGGUGAUUAGUGGCUACCGAGGACUAACGUACACAUCGAAACAACAAGCCAUUUAUUAUCGUAUCAUAAAACUGCGCAAUUCUAAUCAAGGUGUACCCGGGCACCAGCCGGCUGGUGAAAUAAAACAAGAUUAAAUUAAUGAUUGCAUGUGCCAUUGUGUGCAAUGUUUGUUGAAACUAAACUUUAUCAGUGUAUUGCUUAUGUGCAAUAUGUAAAUGAACACGAUUGUAUACAAAUGGUACGCUUAAGCUUCUACAAACUGAUUUGUUUAUAACCAACUUGUGGAUGUAGAUUCUUAAAUAAUUAAAACUCUUCUAGAGAAACAGUAAAAAGAUUGGAUGGUUUAUUAUUAAACGCGAUCGCUGCAUUCGAGACCAUGUGCGAGAUAGAAUUGUAUUAAAUGAUCGAUGCAUAUUUUCAAGUUGAUUAAAAACUGCCGCAUAUGGCUUUUGACCAAUUCGUCUUUGCCUUUUUGUGUGAGAGCAAAAACCAGGAAUAAAUCGUUGCGUGAUGGAGCAAACUUUACUACAAUCUGAAAGAUUCAUUUCGAUUUCAUUUUAUUACAUCUACUCUGUAGAAUUUGUGUCUUACGUUAAAAAGUGUUUGUCCCAUCCAUCCAUGAUAAAUUUUAAGCGUUCUCUCAUAAGCGAUUUUCAUCCAAUCCGAUGAAUUACCAUUUUCAUUUGUUAAAAUCAAAUCAAAAUAGUGCCACAUAAAGUGUAAUCCUCUGAAAGUUCUCAAUGAAUAACAAAAACAAUCAAAUA